AUGAUCAUUUUGAAACAUCUUCUUCCUCGUCCAUCGAUUCGAUACCUAUUGCGUACGAAUAGUACUAAACCACAGAAGAAAUUCAAUCCAUUCAAUAUUGAAUACGAUCCAAUCAAUCGGACAGUCACUUAUCCACCCGAGUUAGUGAUUAACAAUCAAAGUUAUUCCACUGAUUCUUGGACAAAUGUCACGCCGCAUAUUCUUUCACGUAUUGGUCAGAAUUUACAUAAACAAAAGUACCAUCCACUCAGUCAUUUGAGAAAUCGACUUUGUCAGUAUUUCUAUCAACAAUACGACCCGAGAAAACUAUCCCCCAAGUUUUCGAUCAUUGACAAUCUUUCGCCAAUCGUGACCGUAGAGCAAAAUUUCGAUUCGAUCUGUAUUCCUAAAGACCAUGUCAGUCGAACGAAAUCUAUGAAUUAUUACAUCAAUGCGAAUACGCUUCUUCGAGCACACACAUCCGCGCAUCAAGUUGAUCUUAUCCGGUCAGGUUUGAAUGCGUUUUUGUGCAUUGGAGAUGUCUACCGACGAGAUAACAUUGAUCCAACGCAUUAUCCUGUCUUCCAUCAAUGUGAAGGUGUACAAUUGUUCAAUAAAGAACAAUUAUUCGUUGAUAACAAGAACGUUCGUGGUGAAACAAAAGAUCUACAGAUCUUUGCAGCAAAUGAGCACCGAGAUGCAACCAAGCAAGAAGGACAUACACUCGAAGCAGUUAAAUUAGUGGAAGCAUCGUUAAAACAAACGAUUACUGACCUAUUCAAAACUCUCUUUCCCGAUGUCUCAACGUUGAAUUCUCGAUGGGUCGAUGCCACAUUUCCUUUCACGCAUCCAUCGUGGGAAUAUGAAGUUGAAAUCGAUGGCAAAUGGUACGAACUGCUCGGCUGCGGCAUUAUGGAAAAUCGCGUCUUGGAAAAUUCCGGACUGGGAAAAGAUCAUAUCGGCUGGGCAUUUGGCCUUGGUUUAGAACGUAUCGCUAUGGUAAUGUACGGUAUUCCUGAUAUUCGUUUGUUUUGGUCGAAUGAUUCAGGUUUUCUCUCGCAAUUUGCAUUCGACGAUUCGACACGCUCAGUUCGAUACAAACCGAUUAGUAUUUAUCCUCAAUGCAUUAACGAUCUGUCAAUGUGGUUAGGCAAAGCUAAAAUCGACCCGUUAGAUUUCUACGACUUAGUUCGGUCAAUUGGCGGUGAUCUAAUCGAACAAGUAAUGUUAACCGAUGAAUUUUAUCACAAGAAGAAAGAUCGACAUUCGCAAACGUAUCGCAUUAUUUACCGUUCGCCAGAUCGCACAUUGACAAAAAAUGAAAUAAAUAUGAUACAUAAAGAUAUUGAAGAUCAUUGUAUAACUCAAUUUGGUGCCGAAAUUCGCUAG